GUGCCCGGCCCCUCGGGCUUGGGCGGCACCGGGGGCCUAGCGGGACUCACCUUCCCCUGGAUGGACAGCGGCCGCCGCUACGCCAAGGACCGGCUCACGGCCGCGCUCUCCCCCUUCUCCGGGACGCGCCGCAUCGGCCACCCUUACCAAAACCGGACCCCCCCGAAGCGGAAGAAGCCGCGCACGUCCUUCUCGCGCUCGCAGGUGCUGGAGCUGGAGCGGCGCUUCCUGCGCCAGAAAUACCUGGCCUCGGCCGAGAGGGCGGCGCUGGCCAAGGCCCUGCGCAUGACCGACGCUCAGGUCAAGACGUGGUUCCAGAACCGGCGCACCAAGUGGCGGUGA